AUGCUCUCGCUCUCCACUCCUUCCUCGCCCCCGUCACCAACUCGUCCCGGCGCCGUCGGCCUCCUUCGUGGAGCCGCAGGGCGGCGCGACGCGCCGCUCACCGCCGCGCUCCACGCCGCCCUCCUCAAGUCCGGCGCGCUCCACUCAUCCCAGCCCCUCACCGCGUCCAACUCCCUCUUGCACGCCUACGCCCAAUGCGGCCUCCACUCCCACGCGCUCCACCUGCUCGACGAAACGCCGCGCCGUGACGCCGCCACCUACUCCACCCUCAUCUCGCUCCACUGCCGCCUCGGCGUGCCCCUGGACGCCUUCCGCGCCUUCGUGGACAUGCUGGCCCAGGACGACGGCGCCGUCCGCGCCAACGAGUUCACGGUGGCCGCGCUCCUGCAGGCCUGUGGGCUCGCCAAGGUCGAGAGGCUGGGCAGGAUGGUGCACGGCUACCUUGUGACAAAUGGGUUCUGCGCUGACCCGUUUGUGGUCGGCUCGUUGAUCAACAUGUACGCCAAGGCUGGGGAUGUGGCCAGCGCGCGGAGGCUGCUUCUCCGGUUGGCUUGCAGGGAUGUUGUUUCUUGGACUGCUGUUAUAUCUGGGUGCGUGCUCAAUGGGAUGCUAGCGGAUGCUCUCAAUGUGUUCGUCAUGAUGCUGGAAGACGGUGUCCUUCCCAACAAUGUUACCAUGUUGAGUGUUAUUCAGGCGUGCUCUUUGAUGGGCCCCUCGGGAUUGUUCAGUCCCGUGCACGCUCUUGUUGUUCGGCUGGGGCUGGAGGACGAUGUUUCGGUGGGGAAUUCUCUCAUAAUGAUGUAUGCGAAGAAUGGCUUAGUUGAAGAGGCUGCACUGCUUUUCGAGGAUCUGUACCUCAGGAGAGGGAACGUGUGCUCUAAGGCUGAUGUUCUUGGCGCGCUUAUUUACGGCUGCACCGUUUCAGGGUCCCUGCUUCAUGGGAGGGAAAUCCAUGCACACUUGAUUAAAUUGAGCGCUCUCCCAAGCAUCAGCAUUGAAAACUGUCUCAUGGGCAUGUAUGCUAGAUUCGAGCAAGUUGAUGCAGCGUAUUUUGUGUUCAAAGGCAUGAAAGUUAAGGAUAUUGUUUCAUGGAACACCAUGAUCUCAUGCCUCGCCAGGAGUGACUAUGUAAAUGAAGCCUUGGAGCUUUUCAGCGCUCUCCAUAGUGGUGGUGGUGGUGGCGGUGGCCUUGUGCCUGAUUUUGUCACGGUCUUGAGCGUAGUCCAGGCAUGCUCCAGUGCUGGAUCACUUCUACAAGGGCAGAUGCUCCACGGGUACAUUGUAAAAUUUGGUUUUGUGCAUGAUGUCUCGAUCUGCAAUGCUCUAAUAAUCAUGUACGCAAAGUUAGGGAUAAUUGAUUCCGCUGAGCAGAUCUUCCGGAAGAUGGAUGUUAAGGACCUUGUUUCCUGGAAUUCGAUGAUCCAUGCAUAUGGGAUACACGGAGAUGGUCAUUCGGCUCUAAAGUAUUUCCGCCAGCUGACAGAUGUUGGAGUGCAUGCUCCUAAUGCUAUUACUUAUUUGCAUGUGAUAUCUGCAUGUAGUCACUCUGGUUUGAUUUCAGAAGGAUACAAGUGCUUUGAAAGCAUGAGAAAGGACCAUGACAUUGAGCCUGCCAUGGAUCAUUAUGCUUGUGUAGUGGAUCUGUUUGGAAGGUCUGGGAGAUUUACUGAGGCCGAAGAAUUCAUCAGGGAUAUGCCUGUUCCUCCCAACUCAUCCAUUUGGGGAGCUUUGCUGGCUGCUUGCCAGCUUCAUGGGAAUGUUGAUCUUGCUGAAAAGGCUGCUAAGGAAUUAUUAGUCUUAGAGCCCGACAGUGAUAUAUGGAGAGUCUCCUUGUCAAAUAUCUACGCAUCGGCUGGGAGAUUUAAAGACUCUACAAAGAUUAGGGCUGAAAUGAAGAGAGUCGGUUUAAAAAAGGAGAUUGGGUGGAGUUUUGUUGAUGUAGGAGGGGUUGAGGGUUAUAAGUUUGUGUCGGGAGAUACAAGGCAUCAUGACGCUGAAAAAAUAUAUGCAGUGUGGCACAGUAUGAAGAAGCAUAUGUCAGAUGUAGCUGGUGAUGUGCAUCAACUGAGUCUAGUGAGUGUAAAUUAG